UGUCUUGUGUGGUAAGCUAGUUGGAGAGAGGGGAAGAGUAAAAAAAAGGAGGGAGGGAUUUAUAAGUCAUAUUCGCCCUUUACAUUUCUUGAACAUGAGGGCCAUCACUGUUUUACACUCAGUCUGGAUGAGAAGAAAAGAGGCUGAAGGAGAAACCGUUAAAGGCCAUUUGAUGUUAAUGCGGAGACAAUAAAAAAAACCCUGAGGAUUAAGUGGAGGAUCAGACUCGAUGCUUCUCUUACUGGAGUGAAGUAACGUCACAGAGGAACCUGAUGUCUUCAGGAGAUGAGGAACAUGAUGUUGAUUUUUGCCACAGUUUUCCUCUUGGUACCUGCAGCGUGGAGCCUGGAGCCAGGAACUAAUCAAAGCACCACUGUGACCUCCAGCACUUAUGUGAUCACAAAUCUAAUGUUCAACUCAGGCAGUGAUGUGAACUUGAGCUGCAGUGACAGGACGUGGAGCGAGACUCUCUAUGUGAUUUGGAACAUGACGCUGAGAGACAGAAUAUGUCAGGUCUCCCUCAGCACCGGAGAGAAGGUCCGAGACUCCUGCAACGAUGGCAAGUCUCUCAGGAACACGUCCAGGGCUCAGUCAUACCUGCACAUCCCAAACAUCUCCGCCGCUGACGUGGGCGUCUACAACUGUAACUUUGUUUACAACGGGGGGAAGAAGGACUGCAAGAUCAACGUGGCCAUCACAGUUGCUCCCCGUUUGUCAGCCUGGUUAGAGCGAGGGGACAAGAUGGUGGCAGUGUGCAAGGCUGAAGGAGGAAGACCCGCCGCCAACAUCAGCUGGAGUCACGGCAGAGACCCGCUGUCUCAGGAGACUCCUGAGACAGCGGAGACUCCUGAGACAGAUGGAUCGAUCACAGUGGAAAGUCGUCUGCAGCUCGACGAGGGCACGGACCCAGAGAACCUGACCUGUGCUUUCAGGCACCCAUCCUGGGACCAGGAGAAGACUCUGGGGGUAAAACUCAGAAAAGUUUAUUUUCCUUGGAGGCACAUUCUUACUGGUGUGGUAGUCAGUGGGCUUUUACUGGGAUUUGCCAUAUUUGCACUAAAGAAAAUCCUAAUGUUGAGGCGAUCCCACCAGCGUGACUCAUCACCAUCCAAAUCUCCAACGAUAGAGGAAGUGGAGGAGGUGGAGCCUUAUGCCAGCUAUGUUCAACGUGAGAACUCUAUCUAUAACUGAGCUGCACACUUGUUCACAUCCUGCACAUGCGUCAGACACUUCGAUGCACGUGGCUCUUUUUGAGGGACUGAAGGAUGAGGAAAUGAGAGGUGGACGAGAAGGUGAUGGAAGGAGGAUUUAGUCUUUGGAGGAGAGAGCAGAGCCUCUCAGCUCCGUUCUGACUAACACUCGACGGAUGGAACAGGGGAUGCACCUCAUGUCUUGCCCACUGCUCUGUGUGUGGGCCUCAUGGAGAAUACUAUUCAUAACUUUUGACUUAAUUCUUCAGUCGGAUGUGACAAACUACAGAACUACACUCUCUUGGUUUUGCUGAUGAAAUACAGGAACUGUAAUAAGAUGUUAAUUUAAAUAAUAAUUUGUAGCUCAACAGAGACAGACAUUUUUAAGUAGAGGACACAUGUAGUUCAGCUACGCUCAGCAGAAGUAAUGCAACUACUCAACUAUUCAAAACAAGUACAAGUUGUGCUUGUUUUGUCGGAAAUACAUUUUUACAUUGCAGUGGUGGUGCAGUGUUAAAAGUUAGAGUGUAAAAAGCAGUCCACACCUUUCACAGUGGCUAUUAUGAGAUUGUAGCCGAAGUCAUUCAUUUGAGUUGGUUAGUCAUUAUUUUGACUUACAAGAUGAAACAUGCUUCCAUAUCCUCGUGUCAUUUUUGCAUGUCCUCUAAAGAUAAGGGUUAUGGGGCCUGAGAGGGGAAAUCAGAAAAGGGAGCUCUUCUGCCACCUACUGUGGAGAUCAGAACAUGAACACAACACAGUCAUGUUCUCACACUGUAUCACAGUCCUUAUUAGGAUGGUCUAAAUAACAGUACAUUACAUAAUAUAAAUAACGCUUAAAUUUUCAACUAUUUAUUGGUUAGGUCUGCAGAUGUGCAGGUUUUAAACAACAGCCUUGUCAGUGUGUUGAGUGAACCUGCUCUUUCCGGCUCUGAUCCCUCCUCCAGCUCAUAAUGGGAAGAUACUUUCUUAAAGGUUCAGGGUGAAUAAUCCUACAGAUGUUUUCACCAGUGUGUUUCCUCUAAAUUCUAAAUUGUUGUUGUCUUUAUCCUAGAAUGGGCUCUUAAUACUUACAUACUUCAUAAUUACAUCAGGAGCGGUUCCUCUCUAUGGAAGCAGAAAUGUGUCUUACAGUAGCCCAGACAGGACAAACUACACCUUUUGAGUUUUUAUGAAAACCGAAGGCUACCACAGGUUCUCUCUCAACUGCAACAUGCACCUUCACCACUAGAGGUCACUAUAUACCAAACACUGAACCCUGGGCCUAAACAUUAGAAAAAAACAACUAGAUCUGCCUCAUAUUUAACUCCAGCUGAACUUUAUUCAAUAUUUGGAUUCAUUUAAUGAAAGGAUCUACUGAUGGACAGUAAGAAUGGGAAGAGUGAUCAAACUUAGCAGAAAAAUGUCUAUAUGUUCACCGAAUGCUAAUAAAGGCAAGUGACAAUUGUUGAAAUACUGGCUGACUUAUUGCAAACCUCACCUCUGCAACUUCCUACGGUUGCAUCUUGUAAGAUUAAUAAUGGAUAUUUGAUUUGUGGCAGGAGAAACUGAUACUUAAAUGCAUAAUGCAAAUUCAGUUUACAAAUAAAAGGCUGCAGCAACUAUAAUUAUUAUUUGUCUCACCCCAAUGUUGCAUAAUUUUAUUGCAAAAAAAUAUAUACAUAUUAAUCUAGUAAAUAAAUACUUGUCUCUCUAUGAUAUGUAGCAAAUAAUCUUACUCGUGGGUUUAAUGAACGUCGAAGGGACCACUGCUGUGAAAUGUUUCAGAUAUUUUCAGAAAUGCAGGUGAUUAAUGCAGCAGAAUAACAAAUACAAUUGUAAGUUAGUAAACUUUAAAAUAUCAAAAAAAACACAAUGAAAUAAAGAAAAUUCCAGUCAAUUACAACUGUUCACUUAAUCCAUCACUUCAUGUUGCUUUCAAACAUAUAAAUUAUCCAAUGAGAUACAGGCUUAGACUAA